AUGCAUGUCCUCCGAAUGCGUCUUAGUAUGGUCGGGUCUUAUCACCUCAAUACAGAAGUAUCAAAAGCGGCCUAUGCACAUGCAGCCGAGCUACUGCAUCCUGCAAUCCUCAACCACAGCAUCAGAGUGUAUCUCUACGCCGACGCAUUGGCAAAACACGAAUCCUCCAAAUACUUCACAGACGUCCAUCAACGCGAUCUACUCUUCACCGCGUGCCUUUUCCACGAUAUCGGAACUACUCGGAGCUAUGACGGCCCACAGCGCUUCGAGAUUGAGGGCGCCGAUGCCGCAGUGAAGUUUCUAUCCAAAUUUGGUGUCGGUGGAGCGGAGGCGCACGAUGCCUGGACCGCAAUUGCAUGCCAUACCAGCCCACAAAUCGCCGAGAAAAUUGGGGAGCUUGCGAGGCUUGUUCGCAUCGCUGUUAUUACGGAUUUUGGACGGAGAGGCGAGGAGUAUGAGGUGCUCCAGUCACUGACAGAGCAACUGGAAGCACAGUAUGAGCGAGCGGGAGUCGAGAAGGUGCUUGGUGAUGCGGUGGUGGAGCAGGCAAAGCGAAAGCCAGAAAAGGCGCCGAAGGUUUCGUGGCCGGGUGCGAUGUAUGCGGCAUGGGUCGCGGAGCCAGAGUGGGACGGUGUCAACAAGGCGUUUUGA